UGAUACAAAAACAGACGUAUGUGAUCUCUUUCUUUCUCCCAUGACUGGGACAUAGGAUAGCGUCCCAGCUGAUUCAGCAUUUCAGCUGAAUAACCUGCUUCCUCAGUACUUAAUUAAUCUUUAACCAUUUCUCUCUCCUUACUCACUCCCACUCUGUGCUUAACUCGUUAAUAUUUCGUAUUAACUUUUCUAUCCAAAAACUAAAAUAAAAAACAAAAUCAUCACCCCAAAAAUAACAAAAACCAAAAACCCAGAUUUGAAAUACCUCCAUUUCAAUCAAUCCAGCUGCCACAUUGCAGAUUAAGAGAGAGAAAGUGAGCAAAUUUGUUACUCUGGUAUUUCAUUGUGAUCCUUGACAAAAACUAUUCUUGAUUCGACAUUCAGAUUUAGGGGGUUUCCUUCCCCACUAACAAUGGCGGACCAGGAUCCUACUGAUGCCGGCGAACUUAGUGUUUUAAUGGCCACGGAGAAUAAUCCUGACACAAUGCUACCUAAUUAUACAUUCUCACCGACGGCUAACCCAACUCCUCCUCCGCCGCUUCUCGUGUCGGGAUCAUUUAAAGAAGGGAAGACUUCUUCUCGGAGACGCCCUUCUCGUCGCCCAAGUCUCGAUGCGGAUGAGUUCUUAAAUCUCCUUCAUGGGUCGGAUCCGGUUAAGGUUGAGCUGAAUCGCCUUGAAAAUGAAGUCAGAGAUAAAGAACGGGAGCUUGCUGAAGCACAAGCUGAGAUCAGAGCAUUGCGGUUGUCUGAACGCCUUCGAGAGAAAGCUGUUGAAGAGCUCACUGACGAACUGACGAAGGUGGAUGAAAAACUUAAACUAACCGAAAAUUCUUUAGAAAGCAAGAAUCUAGAAAUUAAGAAAAUCAAUGAAGAGAAGAAGGCUUCUAUGGCGGCUCAAUUUGCGGCAGAAGCUACACUUAGAAGGGUCCAUGCGGCUCAAAAGGAUGAUGAUAUGCCUCCUAUUGAAGCCAUACUUGCACCUUUAGAAGCUGAGCUUAAACUUGCCCGACAUGAGAUUGGAAAGCUGCAGGAUGACAACAAAGCUUUAGAUCGUCUCACUAAAUCUAAAGAAGCUGCUUUAUUGGAAGCUGAGAGGACAGUUCAGUCUGCCUUGGCUAAGGCUUCCAUGGUUGAUGAUCUCCAGAACAAAAACCAAGAAUUGAUGAAGCAGAUAGAAAUAUGUCAGGAAGAAAAUAAGAUCUUGGACAAAAUGCAUCGACAGAAGGUUUCAGAAGUAGAAAAGCUGACCCAAACUGUACGGGAGCUAGAGGAGGCAGUUCUUGCUGGUGGUGCAGCUGCUAAUGCAGUGAGGGAUUACCAGCGGAAAAUGCAAGAAAUGAGUGAAGAAAGGAAAACUCUGGACAGGGAGCUGGCUCGUGCUAAGGUAACUGCUAACAGAGUGGCUACAGUUGUAGCGAAUGAAUGGAAAGAUUCAAAUGACAAGGUGAUGCCUGUUAAGCAGUGGCUUGAAGAGCGGCGGUGCUUACAGGGAGAAAUGCUGCAACUUCGGGAUAAACUUGCUAUAGCAGAGCGAGCUGCAAAAUCCGAAGCUCAGUUGAAAGAAAAAUUUCAGCUACGCCUCAAGGUUUUAGAAGAGAAUCUGAGAGGAAUUUCAACUAAUACUAACCGAUCUACACCUGAGGGAAGAAGUGUAAGUAACGGGCGUCGUCAAUCCCUUGGAGGAGCAGAUGUCAUGUCCAAAGCUAACGGCUUUUUACCCAAGAGAUCGCCAAGUCUUCAAUCAAGAUCUUCUUUAACUUCGAGUGCUAGUAUGAUGUUGAGACAUGCAAAGGGGGUCUCGAAAUCAUUCGAUGGUGGUACAAGGUCAUUAGACAGGGGUAAGAUCUUGUUAAACGGAAGCAGCACAAAUUAUGCUGUAAACCAAUCUUCUGAGGGCUCCAAGGGUGGUGAGGCUCAAAUUACUUCCCAGGGAAGUUCUGAUGAAAAGCCAACCGAUGCACAGACAGCUGAUAAGGAAGAUAGUGUCCCUGGUUUAUUAUACGAUUUGCUACAAAAGGAAGUCGUUGCUCUAAGGAAGGCUGGUUUUGAAAAAGAUCAAAGCCUUAAAGACAAGGAUGAUGCUAUUGAGAUGCUAGCAAAGAAAGUAGAGACAUUAACAAAGGCUAUGGAAGUUGAGGCGAAAAAGAUGCGAAGAGAAGUAGCUGCUAUGGAGAAAGAGGUUGCUGCCAUGCGUUUAGAAAAGGAACAAGAAAACAGAGCCAAGCGCUUUGGUAAUGCUAAAGGUCCUAUGGCCAGUUCCCAGUUACUCGCUGGAAGGGCUGCUGGAAGAGGCGGAUUAACACGCAGCACUCAAUAACAGCUAGCAAGAACAGCUUUAGGAGCUCUUUAGGAGUGAAACUGGACUGUUCCGCUCCAAUGUGUCUUUUUCUUAUUCUUUAUAUAUCUUAUUUGGUGAUUGAUUAUAAUAUUGCAAUCAGCAAGCCAGUUAUUCUGUAUUAAAUGGAAAUCAUGGCAUCCUUACUUGGUAUGCUUCUGACGUUGACUGUUACCGCCGUACCGGGUGCUGAGACUUUCAGCUUAAGGAUAUCGCAGUUACUAACAGUACCUUAUGGCAAGAGUAUUUUUUUUUUCAAAUGGCAGUUGUGUGCUUGUUGUAUAGAUAGGGAUAUUAGUCUUCUAGCUUUAUUUGCUGGAGCCCCUUGUAUUUGUAGUCAGCUAGUGAUGUUUUUCAGGUUUGUUAAUAUUCUUGCUAUCAGAUCAAAAUCAGAGUUUCAAUUCACUUUAUGUUACUGUUUCUUUUUGUUCCA